AUGAAUUCUAAUUGCAAAAAAUGUAAUGACAAAGUUCAGGAUGGUGCCCAGUGUUCGAGGUGUAAAUUGGUAUACCAUUAUUACUGCGUCGCCCUAUCUGAAGUGGGCUGGAGAAGGCUUGGUUCUGAGAGACAAGCCUCUUGGCUAUGCCCGAACUGCAAAUCUAACGCACAACUGAAUUCUCCCAGGAACACAACGCAUUGUAAACCAAUUGAAGAGACUAAGGCCGAAUCGACAUCACUUGAAAACAUUGAAGCUAUGUUGGCAUCGCUAUCUGGUCUACCGGUUCUCGUGGAGAAACUUCGUAAUGAGGUUAGUGAAUUGAAUGCCAGAUUUAGCAGCCAGGUAAUUGAGGAGCUGAAUACCAGACUGGACGAUAUAGAAGCAAAACUAUCUUCAGUGGAAUCCUUAAAAAUUGAACAAAAUAAGUUAAUUACUAAAUUGAAUACCCAUGAAGACCGUUUCAUUAAACUAGACAAGGAGUUGAAACAACAAAUUGAGGAAACGACGGACCUCCAUAAAAAAAUGAAGCUUCUAGAAAAAGAAUACAAUAGAUCACAACAGCAAAACCGUUUCCUGAACGUUGAGAUAGUCGGAGUCCCCGAAAAAAGUGGUGAAAAUUUGGUGCAGUUACUUCUACAGACUGCAACAUUUGUUAAUGCCAAUAUUAAUGCAGAUGACAUUGAGUUCACAACUCGAGUACAACCUCAUCACUCGCAGCCUGGGCGUCCACGAAGAAUUAUUGCAAAGUUGAAGACCAGAAGGGCCAAGGACAGCAUAAUAAUCAAUUUUAGAAAACUUAACAAAGAUAAAGGAAUUACAUCAAAAGACUUAGGUUAUGACGGGAAUUCUAAUAAAGUAUUCAUAAAUGAGCAUUUAACAAUAGCCAAUAAAAUACUGCUGAACAACUGCCGUCAACGCGCUCGGGAACUGAAUGUUAAAUUCGUCUGGGUAAAAAACUGUUCUAUUUAUAUGCGAAACAACGAAACAUCACCACCAGUAGAAAUUACCGCAGAAGAAGAUAUACAGAAAUUUUCGCCUUAG